AUGGAAUCACCUCUCAAAAAGAAGAAACUCGAUCACAACACAAUAAUACCACGAGAGGAAGAAAAUAUUACUUCUAAUGAAAAUGUUAAAAUAAUAUUUUCUAAUGAAUUAUCAGAGAGUUUAAUGUUGAAGAAAAAACUAGGAGGAAAUAAAGUCCGAACUUUCCAUAUAAUGAUGUCAUCCUCCUCUGUUAGUAUUGAUGGUUUAUAUGAUAUAGAUUCGAAGCAAGUAAGAGCGUGUCCACAGAGGAAAUGGUUAAUUCUUGGUACAGGUAAAGAGAUUUUAAUAUAUGAUUCGGAAAGUGGGAAAUUGCUACGAACAAUUAAAUUAAGGCAUUAUUUAUUUGAUUUGGAUAGUAGUGGGGAAUGUUUGUACAUCUAUUCGGAUAGGAGGAUGAGGAAAACGAAACUUGAUUUAUCUUCGGAAUGGAAAAGCUGUAAAUUUUCAGUGGAUCGCUUUACUGUUUGUGAAUCCAAGAAUGAAAUUUAUACCAUUCACAAGUUGGAUAUCACUGUUUUGGAUUCUAAUAAUGGCUCAGUUAAGAGGAGCAUUGACAUAGGUGAGGAUUUCAGUAAGAAGUGGAGAUGCACAAAAAUUUCAUACGACGAGAAGGAGGGAAAGAUUUAUCUUUCAGGUAGGGCUGCAUUAGAAUCAGAUGACAGCAGUACUAGUUCAAAUGAUUCUUCAGAUGAAGAACCUGGUGGUUGCGGUGUUAUCAUCGUUGAGGAACGAACUGAGGAACGCAAUUAUGUAAAAUGUGAGGAUGGUGUUGAUUUUACCAUGCCAUUUGGAAAGUAUUUUGCGUGUUUCACAUUUUCUGAUAUGGCGUAUAUCUAUGAUUCUAAGACAAAAGAUUUAUUGUCAACCUUUUACUCUACGGAUAUCUGUGAAGAAGACGAAAGGAUCACUUAUUUUGACAGCGUUACUAAUACAUUAUUCUGUCAAAAAAAAGAAAGAAUUUACUGUGGAAAACUUAACAUUAUGGAGAGCUUAAUUGAGACACCAAUCAACAAAGAAACAUGCUUUGCUCUUGAGAAAUUGGGAGCCAUUCAUAAUAAGAGUAAACUCCAUUCCGAUCCAUUAAAAGACGACUUUAAAGAAAGACUAAGAAUGGAAGAAGAAUUAGCCAAAAAGAAGGAACAAGAAAAGAAGAAGGAAGAAUUGGAAAGACUCAGACUUCAAAUCGAGGAAGACAAAUCCAAGAGAAAGGAAAUUGAUUGGGUAGGUAAUGCCUUGAGAAAGGACAAGCCAACUACUGCCACAAAAUCAUCACCAACACUCCCUCCAUCCAAUGAUGAUAAUUAAUCAUUUCUUUUGUAAAUUCUCUCCUUCAUUCUAAUGUAAUCAUGUAAGAGCUCUUCUCGUUGUUCUCUUGUAUAAUUUUGUUCGAAACGUGUUGGCCAACGUUCAAUAUCAACAUGUUCUGCAUUCAUUGGAGGAAUAUAAAAAUUAUUAUCACUAUUAGCAGCACAUGUACCCUCCUCGGAACGUUCAUAACUCUUCAAAACAGAAAGUAAAAAGAGGCCUUCUCUUUGUUUUC